AAUUCAUCGUAUUGUAAUUGUUUUGUAUCUCAUCAUUUCACUUCAAGAAUAUGGCUUCCGAAGCAGCACCACACUUCGUCUUGUUUCCACUGAUGGCUCAAGGCCACAUGAUCCCCAUGAUGGACAUAGCAAAAAUAUUGGUGCACCGCAACGUUAUUGUGACUGUAGUCACAACUCCACAUAACGCAGCACGUUUCACAUCAAUCAUUGAUCGUUAUAUUGAGUCAGGGUUUCCUAUAAGAUUGGUUCAACUUCAAUUCCCAUGUGAAGAAGCUGGAGUACCAGACGGAUGCGAGAAUCUCGAUAUGAUACCUUCACUUGCCACGGCCACAAGUUUCUUCAAAGCAACACAACUUCUACAACAACCAGCGGAAAAACUGUUUGAAGAGUUAACACCACCAAGCUGCAUAGUCUCUGAUAUGUGUUUGCCAUAUACAACCCAAAUCGCCAAAAAGUUCAAUGUUCCCAGGAUUUCUUUUGUUGGAGUAAGUUGCUUUUGUCUUCUGUGUAUGCAUAAUAUAAACAUCCAUAAUGUUAGGGAGAGCGUAACAUCUGAGUCAGAGUACUUUGUUCUGCCCGGUAUCCCUGAAAAAAUUGAGAUGACCCUCGCACAGACUGGACAACCUAUGAAUGAAAGCUGGAAACAGAUUAAUGAAGAAAUUAGGGAAGCUGAAAUGUCUAGUUAUGGAGUAGUCAUGAAUUCUUUUGAAGAGUUGGAGCCAGCAUAUGCAACGGGCUACAAGAAGAUCAGAGGCGAUAAAUUGUGGUGUAUAGGCCCUGUGUCUCUUAUUAACAAGGAUCAUUUAGAUAAGGCUCAAAGAGGUACGGCCUCAAUAGAUGUGUCGCAACACAUAAAAUGGCUUGAUUGUCAGAAGCCAGGAACUGUAAUCUAUGCAUGUCUUGGAAGCCUAUGCAAUUUAACAACACCCCAGUUGAAAGAGCUUGGUUUAGCCUUGGAAGCAUCAAAAAGACCCUUCAUUUGGGUUAUCAGGGAAGGAGGUCAUUCCGAAGAAUUAGAAAAGUGGAUUAAGGAAUAUGGAUUUGAGGAAAGGACCAAUGCUAGAAGCCUUCUCAUUCGGGGAUGGGCGCCUCAAAUAUUAAUAUUAUCUCACCCUGCUAUUGGAGGGUUUAUAACACACUGUGGUUGGAACUCUACCUUAGAAGCAAUAUGUGCCGGGGUGCCAAUGCUUACGUGGCCACUAUUUGCGGAUCAGUUUUUGAAUGAAAGCCUAGUGGUGCAUGUACUAAAAGUUGGAGUGAAGGUUGGGGUGGAAAUUCCGCUUACAUGGGGUAAGGAAGUGGAAAUUGGUGUGCAAGUGAAGAAGAAAGAUGUUGAAAGGGCAAUAGCAAAGUUGAUGGAUGAGACAAGCGAAAGUGAAAAAAGAAGAAAAAGGGUGAGAGAGCUUGCUGAGAUGGCUAACAGAGCCGUAGAGAAAGGGGGAUCCUCUUAUUCUAAUGUGACCUUGCUUAUCCAGGAUAUCAUGCAGAAAAACAAGAGAGAUGUGUGAUAAGUCCAAAUUUUGUAAUUUUUCACUUAAUCAUCUGUCUUUUAAAUGCUGUCCAGUGUUUUUUGUUUUAAAAAUAAAAAUCAAACAAUGAAAUAAUAAGUAAACUCAAUUAUUCAAA